AUGGCACGCAUUCUUGAUUGCCAAGCACCGAACUUGUUCGAAAUCGUUGGAUAUGCAGCUCGCGGAGUAUCUCACGGGCAAGCACCAGAUCCAACUCUCGCUCCCUGUGUCAUCCAGACCCUCCUUCUGCUCGUCGCUCCGGUCCUGUUCGCGGCUAGCAUUUACAUGGUACUGGGUCGCAUAAUUCUCAGUGUGGAUGGUGAAUCUUACAGUCUGAUCAAAAAGAGGUGGUUGACGAAGACCUUCGUAUCGGGCGACGUGCUCUCUUUCUUCAUCCAGCUGGGCGGCGGCGGACUGAUGGCGAGCAGCAAAGCGUCAAUAGCAAAGACAGGCUCCCACAUCGUCUUGAUCGGACUGGUCAUUCAGAUCGUACUUUUCGGACUUUUCAUUGCCGUUGCAGUGGUUUUUCACCUUCGAUUGCGCGGUGUGCCUCGUGCCUGUUCUUUACUUUCGGAGAAGUUUGUUUGGAUACUGUACAUUGCGAGCACGUUCGUCAUGAUUCGAUCAAUUGUGCGCGUGGCAGAAUUCAUUGAGGGCUUCGAGGGGACGAUCAUUCGCCAUGAGGCGUAUCUUUAUAUCUUCGACGCAAUACCUGUGGCAGCAGUGAUGGUUAUUUUCAACGUCUGGUAUCCGUCAUACUUCUCGAAGCAGGCAGGAACAGCUGCAGUGAUGGAGCAAAAUGCAGACUCAAACCUUGAGCUCUCGGAUGUUGAGCGAGACGGCAAGUGA